ACUCUGCAACAGUCUUUACUGUGAGACUGUUUUCUCGCUGAUGCACAAAGAGAGUCCAAAAAGACGAAAGCGGAAAAUAGAAGCAACCAAAGCAAGAAUACAGCGACGGUAACAAUGUCGCAGUUUUGGAAACCAGGGACAGAAAAGCCUCGCCUUCUUGACGACGAGGAGGGUGGGGUUCUUUUCUUCGCCCCUUCUUUCUCUUCCUCAUCAUCUAGAUUUGGGUACUCGAGUAUAGAGAAACAGAGGCAGAGGCUUCCUGUUUACAAGUACCGAACCGCCAUCCUCUAUUUGGUUGAAACCCACGCCACUACCAUUAUUGUUGGCGAAACGGGUAGCGGCAAAACCACCCAGAUUCCACAGUACCUCAAGGAAGCAGGUUGGGCUGAUGGUGGACGUGUAAUAGCAUGCACACAACCAAGACGGCUGGCCGUCCAGGCAGUUGCUUCAAGGGUAGCAGAGGAAAUGGGGGUCAAGCUUGGAGAGGAAGUUGGCUACACAAUACGAUUUGAAGAUGUUACAAAUACAGGCGUAACUAUGGUGAAGUUCCUCACAGAUGGUGUGUUACUCAGAGAAAUGAUGGAUGAUCCUCUUUUAACUAAGUAUAGUGUUAUAAUGGUUGAUGAAGCUCAUGAAAGGUCCAUAUCGACUGAUAUUUUACUGGGUCUCCUAAAAAAGAUCCAACGACGUCGACCUGAGUUACGCCUCAUUAUCUCCUCUGCCACAAUUGAAGCGAAAUCUAUGUCUCAGUUCUUUCAGAACAGCAAAAAGCAUCGAGGAAUAGAAGGUGAGGUUGUUGGACCAAUAACGGAGCCUGCAAUCCUAUCAGUUGAGGGUAGAGGGUUCAGUGUACAAAUUCAUUAUGUUGAGGAGCCUGUAUCGAACUAUAUACAGUCUGCUGUUUCAACAGUACUGCUCAUUCAUGAUCAGGAACGAAUGGGAGAUAUUCUGGUAUUUCUUACUGGUCAAGAUGAUAUUGAUGCUGCUGUUAAGUUGUUAAGUGAAGAAGUACAAAACCGUGGAAGGAACUCCUCAGGAUUGAUAGUUUUGCCUCUCUACUCGGGACUCCCCCGUGCUGAGCAGGAUCUUGUAUUUACUCCCACUGCUAGAGGGAAGAGGAAAGUAGUGAUAUCAACAAAUAUAGCAGAGACAUCAUUAACAUUGGAGGGCGUUGUCUAUGUUGUUGACAGUGGGUUCUCAAAGCAGCGUUUCUACAACCCUAUAUCGGAUAUUGAAAAUCUGGUGGUGGCACCAAUAUCUAAGGCUUCUGCUAGGCAAAGAGCUGGUAGGGCUGGAAGAGUUCGGCCAGGCAAAUGUUACAGGCUAUAUACAGAAGAGUAUUUCAAUAAUGAAAUGUCUGCUGAGGGAAUUCCAGAGAUUCAAAGAUCUAAUCUCGUUUCAUGUGUGAUUCAGUUAAAAGCCUUAGGAAUAGAUAAUAUCUUGGGCUUUGACUGGCCAGCAUCUCCAUCUCCUGAAGCGAUGGUUCGAGCACUUGAAGUUCUUUAUUCACUUGGAGUGCUGGAUGAUGAUGCUAAACUUACUUCACCAACUGGGUUUCAAGUUGCAGAGAUUCCAUUGGACCCAAUGAUCUCAAAAAUGAUUUUGUCUUCAAGUCAUCUUGGUUGCACAGAGGAGAUAAUUACCAUUGCUGCUGUUCUCUCCAUUCAAUCUAUCUGGGCAUCUGGUUGGGGAGCACAAAAGGAGCUGGAUGAGGCCAAGUUGAGAUUUGCUGCUGCUGAGGGUGAUCAUGUGACCUUCCUGAAUGUGUACAAAGGAUUUCUUCAGUCUAGUAAAUUGUCACAGUGGUGCCAUAAAAACUAUGUAAACUACCACGCCAUGAAAAAAGUUAUUGAAAUCAGAGAACAACUCAGAAGAACAGCACAGAGAUUAGGCAUCGUCUUAAAAUCAUGUGAAACAGAUAUGCUGGUUGUUAGAAAAGCAAUUACUGCUGGGUUUUUCGCAAAUGCAUGUCGUUUAGAAGCUUUCAGUCACAAUGGGAAGUACAAGACUAUUAGAGGUUCACAAGAAGUUCAUAUUCACCCAUCAUCUGUUUUAUUCAGAGUUAAUCCCAAGUGGGUAAUAUACUAUUCACUUGUCUCAACUGAUAGGCAAUACAUGCGCAAUGUCAUUUCCAUAGAACCUUCCUGGCUGAGGGAGGCUGCUCCGCAUUUUUACCAUCAACAACGCCCGAAUCCAAUGCUUCACUAGAUUUUCCAACACAAUUAUGUAUUUUAGAAUGAAGAGCAACCGAUAGGCAGAAAUUGAGUGUGACUUGAACAGUUUCGAUUAGGGAAAGGAUAAAACAAAUAUUUUGUAAGGUUCCAGUAGGUACGUAAAGUAUUUUCUGAGUCUAUCCAGAUGAAAUUCUUUAGUUUUUGGGUCGAGUUGCUUAAUGUAGGUUAAGCCACAGAUGGGUUGGAUUAUGUAAAGAACAUUGAAAAAAUGUCAAAAAGUCACGGUUUAUGGUAAUUAGUUCUGGUAUACCCUUCCAAGCUGCUUUACCCUGACGAAUGAGUAUUGUGUUUGAGCUUUGAAUUACUAGA